AUGGCUCAUGGUAUGCAUCAAGAUUGUUUAAUUCACUCUAUAUUUUCUGGACUAACAGUUGAUGAGUGCAGCAGUCUAAAUCUUCCUACUACAGGCUUGAUGGCUUUCUCCUCGGAUGAGCUUAUGACAAUCACCGAACAUUACCGGCACAAUCAUUUAAUCGGAUACGAACGUUUCCCUAAUGUCUACAAAGGUUGGAUUGAUGGGCAGACUCUAUCUGAAACUAGAAUGCCUGUUGCUGUCAAAAGGCUCAAACUUGAAGGUUUUCCGGGACGCGAUGAGUGGCUAACGAAAUUAAACUAUCUUGGCCAGCUGCAUCAUCCUAAUCUGAUGAAACUGAUUGGAUACAAUCUUGAAGAUGAACUUCAUCGGUAUGUGGUGACUGAGUUUUUGCCCAAGAAUAACCUGGAAUUUCACUUGUAUGGUGGAAGUAAGUAA